UGUCAAUCCGGCUUCGGCUAUUCGCGGCGGCUCAACCACCGACGACGCUGUGCCGACUGAAGCCAUCGCACUUCGGCCUUGCGCUUCGUCGCCGGCAACCCAGCACAGCAUCUCCUCCCCCCCCGUGGGUGUGCGUCCCGGGGCAGACCUAGCAGAAGCACGGCCAACUUUUUUCUUCUCUCGCCAUCUCUUCUUCCUCACCUACUUUUCUUUUCCCCCGCGAGACCGUAAUUUGGCGGGUUGGUUACGUCGUUGCGAUCGACUCCCAAUCUCCCUUCUGCGACGCUGCCCGCCUGGUCGACAUCCGUCCGUCAGCUUCGUCCCAGCGUGUUCCCGGCUCUUCCGUUAGUCCGCGAAACUAUAAAGAACAAGGACGCGAGAAAGGAGAGGAACAAAAACAAAAUAGAGAAAUACUGCGUGGUGGUUUCCCCCUCCGCAGACCGGAGGACACGCUCGCACACGCACCAUGUUUAUGCAGCGGGGAUCGCGCGCGCUGCGCCGGCAGCUCCAGGCCACAAAGGCCGUGGGUAGAGCCGCCAUGACCAAGGCCAGCGGCGGCGGUUCCGGGGUGAACGCAAAGGUCAACGUGGGCGGGUGCAUGGCCGCGGCCGCGCCGCGAUGGUUUUCCGAGUCAAGGCGGCUGUGCGCCGUCAAGCCGGUGCUCCUGGCCGACAUUGGCGAGGGCAUUGUCGAGUGCGAGGUCAUCCAGUGGUUCGUCGAGCCCGGGGCGCGCGUCGAGGAGUUCUCCCCGCUUUGCGAGGUGCAGAGCGACAAGGCCUCCGUCGAGAUCACGAGCCGCUUCGCCGGCACGGUCAAGAAGCUCUACUACGACGCUGGCGAGAUGGCCAAGGUCGGCAAGCCCUUUGUCGAUAUCGACAUCGAGGGUCAGGAUGAUGCGGCGGCGGCCGCACCGCCUCCGCCGGAGCAAGUACAGGCACAGGAGCAGCAGCAGCAGCAACCACCAGCGGCACCAUCACCACCAUUCCAACAGCAGCAGCAACAGCAGCUGCAAGAAAGCAGCCAGCCGCCGCCGCCGCCGCCGCCGCCAACACAGGGCAGUGGCAACGGCGCCAAGCCCAAGGGCAAGAUGGCGACGCUGGCAACGCCCGCAGUCCGCCACCUCUCCAAGGAGCUCAACGUCGACAUCGCCGACAUUGACGGCACCGGCAAGGACGGGCGCGUCCUCAAGGAAGACAUUUACAAGUACGUUCAGGGCGGGGGACAGCAAGCAGCGCAGCCGGGCCAGGCCGCUGCCGCGGUGACGGACACGUCGGUGCAGACGGAGACGCGGGAGCCGCUCUCGCAGGUGCAGCAGAUGAUGUUCAAGUCGAUGACGCGGUCCCUCAACAUCCCACACUUCCUCUACGCCGACGAGGUGGACAUGUCGGACCUCGUGUCCCUGCGGGCGCGGCUCAACAAGGUGCUCGCGUCGGGCCCGGUGGCGCCCGGCAGCCCAGCCAAGCUGUCGUAUCUCCCCUUCAUCAUCAAGGCCGUCUCGCUGGCGCUGUACCAGUUCCCCAUCCUCAACGCGCGCGUCGAGGUGGAUCCGGAGACGGGCAAGCCGUCGCUCAUCAAGCGCUCGCAGCACAACAUUGGCGUGGCCAUGGACACGCCGCAGGGCCUUGUCGUGCCCGUCAUCAAGAACGUCGGCGGCCUCAACAUCGUGUCCAUUGCGGCCGAGCUCAUCCGGCUGCAGGGGCUGGCGCACGCCGGCAAGCUGGCGCCGGCGGACAUGUCGGGCGGCACCAUUACCGUGUCCAACAUUGGCAACAUUGGCGGCACGUACCUUAGUCCCGUCAUCGUCGAGCGCGAGGUGGCCAUCCUCGGCAUCGGGCGCAUGCGCGCCGUCCCGGCCUUUGACGACCAGGACCGCGUGGUGAAGAAGCACGUCAGCAACUUCAGCUGGAGCGCCGACCACCGCGUCGUCGAUGGCGCCACCAUGGCCCGCGCCGCCGAGGUGGUGCGCCGGGUCGUCGAGGAGCCCGACGUCAUGGUCAUGCAUCUGAGGUAGUGACAAGGGGUUGGGGUUGGGCCAGUCUAGCAGUGUUGCAUGCAUGCAUGGAUGUAAUGAAUAAAUAAAUAAAUAUCCCGUGGCAACUUGGUACAUAGAGCAACAGGUACGACUGCCUGGCAUAUGCUGAGCACGCACGUACCUGGACGGCAUUCAAUAAGACAGCAUGCAGAUAA